AUAAAUAAUCACUUUUUUAUUUAAGCCUCCAAGUCCAACUCAGACCCUUUCAACUUUUUUUGUUAAGUUUUUUUACUCUUUCAAGUUUCAAUUUCAACAACAAAACAUUCUUCUCAUAAAUCAACAAACAAAAACAACAUUCAUUCUUAUUUUCUAAAUCAACCUAAAAAAGACAACCCAGAAGGUUGAAUACUCAUAAAAGUGUUGAAUUUUGAAUCAGGAUUUGUAAAAAUAUGAUUUUUACAACAUGGGUUUGUUCUUCUGCUGAUUUGUGUGCUUCUGUUUUGUAGUACUAGUCUUCUGCAAGAUGAUUUCACUGUUUAACUAUCAAGAGAAAUUGAAGAAUGGUUCGUCAAACUAAUUUAGUUAUCAUUGGUGUCACCGUUGGUCUGACCCUUGGAAUUCUGAUUUCUUGCCUCCUAUUUUUCGGCAUAAGGUGGUGCAGGAAACGUUCUCAUCUUUCACGAUCUGCGAGUGAGCCUAGUUUGACAACUCUCCCGAUACGAACAAAUGGACCUGGAACAAGUAUCGAUUUUAGUGCAUCUAUCACUAGUUCCAUUGGCACAUCAAGGUCAGAUAAUCCACAGAAAAAUUCCCAUUUCACUUGGUGGAAUAAUCAAAACAAAGACCGGUUUGCUUCAGCGUCAGGCAUUCUAAAGUAUUCGUACAAAGAACUUCAAAAGGCCACACAAAAUUUCACGACUACCUUGGGACAAGGAUCAUUUGGCACGGUUUAUAAAGCCACAAUAUCUACAGGAGAGGUGGUAGCUGUGAAGGUGCUAGCAAACAAUUCUAAACAAGGGGAGAGAGAAUUCCAAACAGAGGUGUCUCUGCUAGGAAGACUGCAUCACCGGAAUCUUGUAAAUUUGCUUGGAUAUUGUGUAGAUAAAGGACAGCGCAUACUGGUUUAUCAGUUCAUGAGCAAUGGAAGUUUAGCAAGUAUUCUAUAUGAUGAAGAAAAGAAGUUAAGUUGGGAUGACAGGCUACAGAUUGCCGUUGAUAUUUCACAUGGAAUAGAGUAUCUUCAUGAAGGAGCAGUCCCUCCCGUCAUACAUCGUGAUUUGAAGUCUCCCAAUAUAUUGCUAGAUGGCUCUAUGAGAGCUAAGGUUGCUGAUUUUGGUCUCUCAAAGGAAGAGAGAUUUGAUGGCCGAAAUUCUGGUCUUAAAGGUACAUAUGGUUACAUGGACCCGGCAUAUAUUUCCUCAAGCAAGUUAACAACCAAGAGUGACAUAUACAGUUUUGGUGUCAUACUUUUUGAGCUCAUCACUGCCAUCCACCCUCAUCAAAAUUUGAUGGAAUAUGUUAAUCUUGCUGCUAUGGAACAUGAUGGAAUAGAUGAGAUACUUGACAAGCAACUUGUUGGAAAAUGCAAUGUUUUAGAAGUAAGGCAACUUGCUAAAAUUGCACACAAAUGCUUACACAAAUCACCUAAGAGAAGACCUUCAAUAGGUGAAGUUUCACAAGGUAUAUCAAGGAUAAAGCAAAGGAGAUUGCAAAAUGUGAUGGAAGAUAACUUGUCAUUUGCAAAUAGCAAUAACUUUUCAAGAGCCGCGGGUCGAUUAGAAGAUCGACAAGUUGAAUUAAGUAGGAUAGUUACCAUGACCAUCAAAGAAACUGUAUGAACACACUUGCUCAAUGUGGGGUGAAGUUAAAAUUCAUAUAUUUGUAGUAGUCCACAAGGUACCAUGGAAAGUUUCCAUCUAAUCUAAUGUAAAUGGUACGGCGAAAAUCAAAAUUGAUAUCUUAAUAUUUUGCAAAAAGAAAAA